GGUUCAAGAUGGCGCUCUAGCAACAUGUGAGUUGAUGUGCUCUGCAAACUCAAAUGGUGAAAUUGACUUUUAGUGCUUUCAGAAUAAGACUAUAUCACUUUUUUUUUACUUCUAAUAGCAAUUUGUAGACAAAUGUCCUAGUAAAGAGUGGCACAAUGGGCAAGUCUGAAAAAAGAAAAACAGAGCGCUUCGCAGGCUAAUACUAAUCCUGCUAUCAAAAGCAAUCAUGAAACGCUGCAAGCCUCUAAUAAUCUUGCGACAGAGAAUCUGCAUGAUUACGUUAAGACAGACUUAGAGGCAAUUUCUGACGAAUUCAUGUUGUGCGAGGAGGAAUUUCCUACACUUUUAGACACGCCAUGCAAAUCUCCUGCCGCCAAACAACGGAAGACCGAGCGAUCUGAUAUUGCUGACGUACUCUCACAACUUGGAGCACUUUCUCAAUUAAUAAACACUCGGUCUGAUUCCCUGGAGAAAAUGAUAGGAGAAAAUACACGCGCGAUUACUAACAUGAAGGAGGUAAUAAAUGAAAAUACCAAGCAAAUCACAAGUGUCAAGGAAGCUAUCGAGUUUAUGAGCGAGGAAGUUAACGGUCUGAAAAGCAAGUACGGAGCAGUGGAGUCCAAGAUGGGCAAAAUGGAGCAGACUACCUUUGAGCAAGAGAGAAGACUAACACAUCUGGAAAGUUAUUCGCGACGGUGGAAUUUAAGAAUUUACGGAGUCCCAGAGAAGGAGAGAGAAGAUGUUCGACUACAGGUUAUCCAGUUGUGUCAGCGACUCCUGCCAGAGGACAAGGACAAACUUCCGAACGCCAUUGAUAUUGUACACCGGCUUGGUCGCAAGCAACCGAACAAAACCAGAGGAAUUAUUGUUCAAUUUGCCUCCCGGUUCAAUCGCGAUGCUGUGUGGCGUGCAGCAAAGGAGUCUACUUUUCUCAGGGAAAAUGGCCUGAAAAUAUCUGAGGACUUAUCUCCAGCAGAUAAAGAGAGGAGGAACAAAUUAUGGCCGGCAGUGGAAAAAGCAAGACAAAAUAACAAGCGUGCUUACUUUAUUGGAGGUAGGGCGUUUGUAGAAGGAAUCGAAAUAUUCCCUCCAGCCUGAAAUUUCAUGUAGCUGACCUGGAUAUACAUGAAACUUGUUUCACUAUGUACUGAAACAGUGGGCUAACGAGAGUCUAUUUAAUUUCGAGAUUGUUGCUUUAUUUUAAGUUUUUUAUUUAUUUAUUUUUUUCUUCCCCUUAAAAGACAAAGAAAAAAUAAUUUAGUUGGUAUUUUGAAGGAAUAUACUAUAAUUACUGCCAUCCUAAGUUAUAAUUGUUGAUAUAAUUAUGAGAAUAUAAAUACUAUUGAGAUUUGUUUUUGCAUACCUUUU